UUUAAAAAAAUGAGUGGAAAAAAAGGCGCAGAUUGGUUUGAGGAAUCGGAACGAGACAAAAUGAAUAUGCUGGAAAGUUGUAAACGUGGAAAUCUGAAUGAGGUUGCCAAAUAUUUAAAUGGGGGAAUUGAUGUUGAUGAGGAAGACGAUGAUGGAGUUACUGCUCUACAAAUCGCUGCAGCUAAAGGACAUCGAAGACUUGUUGAAUUCUUGAUAAAAGAAGGUGCUAGUUUGGAAAGAGCUAAUUAUGCUGGAAUGACACCUUUCCUUCACGCCUGUCGAGAAGGUCAUCAGGAUAUUGUAACCCUACUAGCUAAUUAUGGAGCUAAUGCACAUUCCUUGAGCGGUCUUGGAGUGUCAGCUAUGGCAUUAGCCUGUGCUGGACGUCAUUUAGCCGUUGUUCGAACAUUAAAAAGUUUAAAUGUGGCUGUAGAUCCUAAACCUAGUGUUCGAUUGCAUCAAAUAGCGCCAACCCCUUACAUGGUUGCUUUUUUUGAGAUGGACAUUCAAAUAUGUGGUUUUCUUAAACAACAAAAUGCUCAUAUCUGGCAUCAAAUAAAACGUUUGGAUGGAUUAGAUGUUAUUAGAAUGGGCCAAUUAUUGAGAUUACCUGAAAUUUUAAUGAGACUUAAUUAUACGGAAAAUACAUUACAAGAACCGCCCAAAAAAAUUGAUAUUAGAAUAAUUAUUCAGAAUGGGAAUGAACAAGAAUUAACUAAAUUAAUUAAAGAUGGAGAAGUCCCUAAUUGUUUACAAUAUGGAUUAACUCCUUUAAUGUAUGCAGCUGUUUCUGGACAAUUACUUUGUGCAGAAAUUCUUCUAAAAGUUGGAAAAGGAGGAAUUGUUGAUGCACAAGAAAAUGUUUUGGGAAUGACAGCACUGAUGUUUGCAGUCGUUGCAGGAGAAAGUCAAAUGGUUCAACUUUUACUUCGCUACCUUGCCAAUCCACGUAUUCUCUCAACUACAAAAGAACCCUUCUCAGCCUUAGAUUUAGCGAUGUAUUCAGAAAUUAAUCGUGAAUGUAUGGAACAAUUAUGUAUUCAUUGGUUAAAAAAAGGAGGAAGUAAAAUGGCUGGAAUUAUUACUAGACCAAGAGAAGGAAGUGCAAGUAGUCAAUCCGCUUUGAAAAAUCAACAAGAGACCCCAUCAACAACUUCUUAUCGAGGGGCAAUAACUCCAGCUAGACUUAGAAAAGCACUUGAAAGUAUCGGAAAAAAUUUAAUGGGUUUGGGAAGUGCUGAAGAAACAAAUUUAAAUAAUAAUCAAAUUAAAGAAGAUUUUGGAGGAAUAAAUAAUAAUAAUGACCAACUAACUAUUUCAAUAUUAAAAUUAGCUUCAGAAAAUGUUAAUCAAUUGAUUGAGGGGCCGGCACGAUUUGUGCUUGCUGAACAUAUUUUAAGAGGAGAUGCCAGACCCCCUGACCCAAAAAAAUCUUCAGCUGACGAUUUAAGUUGGAUGACUAAAGGACAUUCUCUUGUACCAAUACCUUCAAAAAAUAUUGGCAGAAACAUUUUGGUGGAAGAAGGAGAGGAAAAGGAUUCUGAUGGGUUAUAUUCUGCUGCACAAAGAAAUGCGGAAAAGGAACUUUUUAAAACGAAACAUCGAUAUGAACCUUCUAGAAAACAUUCUUCUAAAAGUACAACAUCUAGAGUUAUGAGAAAUGCAACACAAAAAUCCCCACAAAUUGACCCUCAAAGAAUUAUGAGAAAAGCUCCUCACAGAUUAAGCCAACAAAAAUCUUCCACUCAAGGAUGUGCUUCUGACAGUGGUUCUGGUGCUAGCCUUAAUUCCAAUAAUAAUCAAACACAAUGGGAAAUUCAUCGAGUAGUUAUUCAAUGUUUGUUACUCAUUCAAAUCCUCCCAAUUCUACCCCCCAAACUUCCACCCAAAAUAUUUUUUAUAUUCCCCAACAUUUAACUA